AUGCCUUUAUCGCUGACAACUCGUCGUAGACAACAGACGUCGUCAUCAACUGCUAAGUGGUCGUCAUCGUCAACGGCACAACAGCAUCUUGUUGCUCAACACUUUUCGGCAACGAAUAAUUCGAAUAAUUUACUACGUCAACACUUUCAAAAUCAACCGGUACGCAAACAAAAAUCCUUUAUAGAAACUUCUCAUCUAAAUAAAUCACUCUUAACAUCACAUACGGGACGUGCGUAUUUAUCUCGCGGCCUUUCGGUAGGAAGAUCUCAUGAUAUACAACGUUCCGCGUAUCCCAAACAAGUUUUGAAGAAACAUUCUUCCAUUACAGCUGCCGUUGGUAAUGGUCGCAAUGAUCGAGAUACUUUAAAAACGGGUGAUUUAAUAAAGCGAAAUAUAACGUCUUGUGGACAAAGUGUCGUUGGUGGUAGUGAUUUUUUGCGUAAUUCUCGUCGAGUACAAGCUUGGUCAUCGACUUCUUCGAUUUUAAAGUCUUUGGAUAAGGAAUUGGCUCAAUUGAAUGGUGUUGUGGGAAAGUGUAAAGACGUUAAAAUCUUAAAGGGUCGUGGAGAUAGUAUUAAUAACGUUAAGAUAAACAACAACGCAAAAACGGAAACUGCAAUAACCAACAACUCACACAAUUCCCAUUCCAAUAAAAGAUCCAACAAACCUGAAGUAAAUAAAGUUAACUUAAGCAUAGUUCUAUCACAUGCUCUGAAUUCUACGAAAGAGGAGAACGGCUGUAUAUACAGUGAUCUAGAAGCGGAUGAGGAUAAUGACGAAACAGACAGUGAUGAAACAUUAAGUGAUUCUAACAAAAAUAUAGAUUCCCAAACGAAAGACAAUAAGAAAUUUGAAAACUCUGGCAACACACGUCCCUAUUUACCGGCUCAACAACGCCGAGCAGUCUAUCACUCCAGUAGAUUAGUAACAAAUUUAGCUUUAAGCAGCCAUAGCAACAACAACAACAGUACAACAGGGACAACAACAACCACUCUAACUAGUGGUCUACAAAAUCCUCAAAACUUUAACGCAUCACCCUCACUGACCGUACAAAGGCGACCUCCCCUGGUGCGUGCUAUGUCGGCGCCAGUACGUAGUUUUGACGAAACAACGGCAAAAAGUUCAGCAACAUUUUUGGCCUCUAAACGAAAGUCUCGUAGAAGAAAAUUAAAUUCACGCAAUAUAAGCUGUGAUAAGGGUUCAACGGAUGUUUUAAGUGCAAAAGAUUUAAAUUUUGAAGGAAAACCUUCAAUAAAUAGAAAAGUUUUAACACGUUCCAAAUCGGUGGCACCCGAUGUUAUAACUUUGGUCUCACUCAUAAGUUCAGAGGGUUCGGACUCGGAAAAAGAGGAAUCUUCUAUAACACCCACAAAUUCGCAUAAAGGUAGUCCCACUAGAAGGCCCCCUUCCUUAAGGAAAACUGGCAAAUCGGUAUCUUUUCAAGAGAAUUAUCCGCCCACCUUUCAAUUUGCCUCCAAAGAAUAUUCUCAUAUGUUGAGAAGGGGUUCUAUAGCCCCGUUAGCUCAACGCAUCAAAUCGAAUAGACCACCCACAGCCCCUCCCGGAUCAAUAUUUCAUAAUAAUAAUUCGAAACUAAAUAACGAAAUGCCUGCCCAUAAUAGUAAGUCAACAGAGGAAAAGGAAAAUAAUAUGGAAAGUUUAAAACCCAAUGUAAGCCCUACUUUAAACGAUAAGCCCCUGGAAGAGGAAUAUGAAUUCCCUGAAUAUGUACGCAGUCUCAAAGAACGUGAAUGUUGGAAAUUGUAUAUGAAAAUGUCCACGAAAGGAGUUAAUAUAACCUAUGACACCAUACUGCGCGGUAUGUUGACACCCACAGAAUUUCGCCAAUUGCAAAAGCAGCGCGAACUAGAAGAGGCUAAAGCCCUAAAAGAAGCUGAAGAGAAUGGUGUGGUAGAGGAAAAGUCGAAAAAUUCUUCCACCGCUAUAGACAGGCUUAAGGAGAGUUUAUUGAAAAAUUAAUUAUAGAGAUCAGAAAUUAUUUAUUUACAUAUUAUCGUAGUGAAAAAAAAGCACUGCCGUUAAAUUUUUCUUUCAACACCCGAAGAAACCUAAAAGAUUACCUACUCAAUUCCUUAUGUAGUUUUUAAUUUAAAUUGUACUUUCUUUGGUUAAGGCACUCGUUAAAUACUAGACACCUAAAGC